AUGUCCGCCCCAGUAACCCUAGCUACCAAAGUGCUCGUAUCUGGGAUAAGCGCCGCUCUAACCUUCUCAGCACUCGACCCCCUCCUCUCCGGGCUUGCAGACCGGACCGCGCAAGCAGUGACCCGACCAGCAGCCGCACAUUUUCCUACCGGUCAAGCACAAGCACAGGCACAAGCACAGGCACAAGCACAGGCACAAGCACAGGCACAGGCGCAGGCGCAGGUGCAGGCGGGGUCAGGGCAAAGGGGCGGGACGGGGAGGGGGAUGACAUUCGAGGAAGAGGUCGAGCAUUUCGUUAAGCCUGAUAUGGUUGGGUGGAGGUUUUGAAGUCCCGAACUGGGGAAGGCUGUACAGUAUCGGUACCAGUAUCAGUAUCAGUAUCAGUACUGCUCUGUUUGUACUUGCGUCAAGCGUUGUUGUACUUUCUUUCGUCUUCUUACUACUGCACCUCUACCUGACAUACAUGUAGUU